AUGGCGCUCUCCCUCUCCACCUCCUUCCUCCCGACCCCAGGCGCCGCCGCCGUCGCGAGAACCGCAAACCGCACCCUCCGCUCCCUCGUCCCCUCCCAGGGGAUGAGGUGCUCGAUGCGGAAGAAGGGGCUGCACCCGGAGAUCUUCGAGGACGCCAAGGUGUACUGCAACGGUGAGCUGGUGCUGGUGACGGGGGGCACGAAGCCGGAGUACUCGGUGGACGUCUGGUCGGGGAACCACCCCUACUACGUCGGCGACUCCUCGGCGCUGGUCGUCAUGGACAGCCAGAUCGAGAAGUUCCGCAAGAAGUGGGGGCACGUCAAGGAGUACUGGACCAAGGAGCAGUGGCUGGAGAUGCACCCUGACGGCGACCCGGAGUUUGAGCCGGAGGACGACGAGACCCGCAAAUGA